AUGUUCUCGGUCUCCGUGUCGCCCAUCUCGGUGGGCUCAAAUGUCUUCUUCGCCUUGGCACUUUUCGCCAUUUCCGUCCUCGUCCUCUUACUUUUACGCCGCUUCCUCACCCUUCGCGCCACUCCAGCCUAUCUCACCGUCCCCAUAUUCUUGGCACUAGCACUUCCUGCCAGUGUAGUAUUACUAGUUCCAAUCGAUUUGGCCUCCAGUUCACGCGAUGGCAGUGGCCCCAAGGCAAUCUGGUUACCCGAUCGCGUGGUCCUGGUAUGCUGGCGCAUCGCAUACUGGCUCAUUUUCAUGCUGACUUGGGCUAUCCUCCCACUGCUGGGUGAAUAUGUCGACUCCGGAUACCGCGAACCCAAAGCCCGCAUCUUCUACUCCCUCCGCAAGAAUGCCCGAUACCAGUUGACCGUCCUGACCUGUGCGGUUGUCGGACUCGUUUAUGUCUCCAUCUCCAACGGCUUUGAAUUAACCUCUAUCAAAGGUCUGGUCAUGGCAUUGGCAUAUGUGUGGGGCCUUGUCUUGGCCAUCUACCUCAUGGGUCAUGGCCUGGUCUCCAUUCCUCGGAAUCUGAUUCGCAAUGCAAAUGUGAGCGGUCGCUUAAGACGGGUUCAAGCCCAUGCGCCCAAGGUCCACGACCGCUUGAUGGAUGCAGUGAAUGAAUUGGAAAGCCUCAACUCCCAGGUUACUCAGCUUCAACAACGCAAAACCGGAACCGCGCGCGAUUUCCAGGAAUGGAUCGAGGAUCUUUCCGAGGGCUCGGGCUCGUCUGAUGUACGGGUCCCAAUCCUUGAAGCCCCGGAGUCUUCGAGCACCAUCCCCUCCGUGAUCACGGAGCGCUACUUGGCCGACCUGACCCGGCGCCUGCAGCGCUCCCGGCACAUGAAGGCUCGGUUUGUGGAUGAGUGGGAUCGAUUGGUUCUACUCGCGGCCGACCUCCAGUCUAUCAUCAACUCAGCCGCCUCCAAGAAACUGGAGUUUGGCCCCGCGCCUCGCCGAUCGUCCUGCUUCCCUCGCGCCAAGCUUUUGACCCCGUAUAUGCGUUAUCAGGUGUACUCGAAUGUUGUUCCCUCGGUCCGAAUGGUCUUUGGUGCAUUUUUUUCCGUGGCGUCGGUCUGUAUCGUAUGGUCGGAAUUGAUCAAGUCGGUGGCUCCCCAGCUCUCUAUUGUGAGCUUGACUAUAGUGCCCAACUGGCAAGACCCCAAGCCCCUUGGCUUUGGCAAACAACUUGUGACUUCCGCUUGGCUCUUGUACAUGUGUUCUGCUGCCCUGGUAGGUGUCAACGACGUCAAGGUCUGGGGUAACCGAGCCCUGGUGCGUCGGAACACUUACGGUGAGAGCGCCUGCUGGUAUGCUAGCCUGGUCGCUCGUCUCACGGUACCUAUCGCCUACAACUUCUUGACUUUUUUGCCAAAGGAUUUCCGCCGAGAAACCACUUUCUACGAGUUUUUGGGUCGUCUCAUCAACCUCACGCCGCUCGGCAAAGGAUUCGAUUUCAUCUUCCCGAUCUUCAUCCUUUUGCCCAUUUGCGCCACUCUGUUCAACCUCUAUGGCCGAAUCAAGAAGAUCUUUGGUUUCGGUCUUGCCGAGGAGGAUGAUAUCCACGACGUGGAAAACAAUCCCUCUGGCUACGGUAUGGGCGGCUGGCGCGAAGGCCGUGAUCUCAUUGAGCGUGAGCUAAAUGGAUUUGGCUCACUGGCCGUUUCCUCUCGGGGAACACGCUCCACCUGGGCAGCAGAUCGCGAUGACGAGAGUGACUCUCGCGGCUCUUCGCGACUGCGAGUUCCUGCUGCUGAGGGCUCUCGGUCUCCGCGAACCGCUCAACGGCCCGUCACCGCACCCACGGUCAUCGAUGGGGAAGAAGAGGAAGAGGAAAACUUUUUCCAAUCUUUUGCGCACCGCGUUCGCAACACGUUUGAGACGACCAAUACUCCUCAGUGGUUCCAAGGCGAACCAUUCCGUCUGCCUCGUUGGAUGUCAGGGGACAACACCACUACGGAAGAGGAUGGCGUUACCCGACUGUUUGGUGGCCGCGCGGUGCCUGGCCGCCUCCGUCUGGGCUAG